AUGUGAAACAAUGGAAGGUGCGAUGAAACCACAGCUGCGCAGCUACGCGUCAGCCUUCCUUCUUUUUGCAUCUUUCUUAUGCGGAGUGUCUGCUGUUACUCACUAUUCUAUCCCUGAAGAAAUGAAGGAAGGAUCCGUUGUGGCAAAUUUAGCUGCAGAUUUGGGACUGGACGUGAAAACCCUGAGCAGUCGAAAAAUGAGGUUAGACGUUAUUUCAAAUAAAAAAUACCUUGAAAUAAACAAAGAGACUGGUGAGCUUUAUAUUUUGGAAAAAAUGGAUAGAGAGUACCUUUGUUCUAAGACUACAACAACAUGCUUCAUUAAAAUAGAGGUUACACUUGAGAAUCCGGUAAGAAUAUUUAAUAUAGAAAUUGAAAUUGUGGAUAUAAAUGACAACGCACCCCGGUUUCGGCGGGAUACAAUUCAUUUGGAUAUCUCAGAGUCCACUUCUGAGGGUGAGCGAUUUUCUCUUAGUAACGCAGUUGACCCUGAUAUAGGAACGAAUUCUAUUAAAACGUACCAUUUGAGUGAGAGCGAAUAUUUUGAUAUCGAAAUGCAGACUGGUAGAGACGGUGCCAAGUUUGCUGAUUUAAUUCUCAGACAGGUUUUGGACAGAGAGACACAGGCAGUGCACAGUCUGAUCCUUACUGCUGUAGAUGGCGGAGUGCCAGCGCGCUCCGGCACAGCCAGCAUUAUAGUGCGGGUGCUGGACACAAAUGACAACGCCCCUAAAUUUGACAAAGAAAGUUAUACAAUACAUUUAAUGGAAAACUCCCCAAUUGGAAACCUUGUAGUGAAGUUAAACGCAACGGAUCUUGAUGAGGGAUCCAAUUCAGAUAUUGCUUAUUCGUUUAGUCUUUACACAUCUGAGAAGACACAGGAAACGUUUAGUUUAAACCCUAAUAAUGGUGAGAUUAGAGUUAAAGGAGUUAUUAAUUACGAGGAUUUCAGGAUCUAUGACAUGGAGAUAAUAGCAACAGAUAAGGGAGUGAGCAGUCUGUCUGGACAAUGCAAAGUAACAAUUUUAGUGACAGAUAUGAACGAUAAUCAUCCGGAAAUAUCUAUAAAAUCAUUCUCGAAUCCAAUUAAAGAGGAUGUAUCUGUAGAUACAGUUAUUGCCGUAGUUAGUGUAAGUGAUAAAGAUUCAGGAGAAAAUGGCCAGCUUGACAUUCAUAUUUCUGAAAAGUUACCUUUUGCAUUGAAAGAAUCAUCAGAUAAUUAUUACCAGCUCGUAGUUUCAGAACCACUGGACCGUGAAAAGGUUGCAGAAUAUGACAUCACAUUUACUGUUACUGACAGAGGAAACCCUCCUUUAUCUGAUAAUGAAACUGUAACUCUAGAGCUGCUGGACGUUAAUGACAAUGUGCCACGAUUUUCUAAAAAAACUUAUACCAUACAGGUUAUGGAAAAUAAUCCACCUGGAGCAUUGCUGAGUUCUUUAACUGCUAUUGAUCCAGAUCUCCAUGAAAAUCAGUAUCUUGUUUAUUUUAUAAUAGAAAAAGAAAUAGCUAACACCUCCAUGUCCAUGCUCUUCUCCAUUAAUCCAGAGAACGGUAACCUUUACGCAUUAAAGACAUUUGAUUAUGAGAUAGAGAAAGAGUUUCUUUUUCACAUCGAGGCCAGAGACUCUGGUGUUCCUCCACUCAGCAGUAACGUUACGGUUCACAUUAUUAUCAUGGAUCAGAAUGACAACACACCGGUUAUAGUGUCUCCAUGGCGCGCGCACGGCUCAGUGGUGGAGGAGAAAAUACCGAGAUCCACUGAUAAAGGAACUCUGAUAGCCAAAGUAAUUGCUAUAGACACAGACUCUGUUCACAACUCCAGGAUUACUUACCAAUUUCUCCAGAACACUGACGCUACUUUAUUCAGUUUGGACCAGUACAAUGGAGAGAUCCGGACCACGAGAAUGUUCAGUUACAGAGACUCGCGCUACCAGCGGCUGGUGGUGAUCGCCAAGGAUAACGGAGAUCCGUCUCUCUCUGCUACAGUCACCAUCAAACUGUCCACGGUGGAGACCGCGCUUAAAAGCUAUGCUGACAUGACUGAAGUGCCUUUAGAAUAUGACAUCUUUUCAGAUUUAAACCUGUAUCUUGUGAUCGGACUGGGCUCAGUGUCAUUCCUGUUACUCAUCACCAUAUUGGUGACCAUCGUGCUGAAGUGUCAGAAACCGAAGCCCAGUAAAGCUGCUCCUCCCUGUAGGAACAGUGUGAUCAGUGAGAGGAACUCUACCAUCGCAGAUUCCACUCUGGUGUCCAACGAUGCCUACUGGUACAGUUUAUUUCUAGCAGAGACCAGAAAAGGAAAGCUGGUAGUUAGACAACCUGUGCCAAAGGGGACGAGAUACAUUGUGUCUAGUAUACCGAGGGGCACAGGCCUGACUGAGACUAGUGACUCAGCUGCAUCUACUUUACAGGUAAUUUGA